AGUGAAAAAACCCACCACGGAGAAAGCUCGUCGGCCCAGAAGAGCGCCCGAAGGAAUUCGGGCGAUCAAGUCAUGAUGAGGACGAACGAGUCCCCGAGAAGAAACAACCAUUGUGCGUUCAAAGCGAAGAUGGCGGGUGCUCGUAAGACUUCCCCUCAGAGCUUUCCUGCAAAUGUCAAGAACUUGCUAUCCACAGGUAUCUUUGAAGGUGUGCCUGUGAAGUAUGUCUCAUGGUCAAGGGAGAAAACACUUAAAGGGAUAAUAAAAGGGACGAAUUACCUUUGCGGGUGCGAUCGGUGCGAGAUGAAGACGAGAGUGAGUGCCUUUGAAUUCGAGCGCCAUGCCGGGUGCGACACAAAGCACCCGAAUAGCCAUAUCUUCUUUCCCAAUGGGAAGUCCAUUUAUUCUGUAGUCCAAGAGCUGAAGGGGAUCCCCCGAGAAUCUCUAUUUCAUGCCAUCAAAACCGCCACCGGGACACCCAUAAACAUCAAGAACUUCCUUGCAUGGAAAGGGAUAUAGUUUGUGUGUGUGUGUGUGGGUUGUUUGGAAACUUCUGAAUCGGUAAGUGCUGAACCAAUAAGAGGUCUGAACCAUUAAGUGCUGAACCAUUAAGAGCUAGUAUAUUGCUUAACUAUUCAGAGGCAAAUGUCUGAUCAAUUCAGAUAAGAGGUCUUAACCAUUCAGACUCUGUAUAAUACUUAACCAUUCAGAAGCAAAUCUCUUAACCAUUCAGACAUCUGAACCAUUAAGAGGCUGAAACAAACAGUCUGAACCAUUAAGUGCUGAAUCAUUCAGACAUCUGAACCAUUAA